CUUGAGGCGCCAAUUUUCGCUUUAAGAAUCUAAAGUGUCGCCGUUAGAAACUACUUCAGAAAAUUUUGCUUCUAAACCUUGUUAGAACCAAAAUUUCCUAAUCAGCAGCUGAAACAUUAGAAAGAAAUGGAAGAUGACCUCAUUCUCACGCAUAAUCCCAAAGCUUCAAAAACUCUCUUCCAUGAAAGAACUGGAACAAGCCCAAGCUAUUGUCACCAAGGCUGGCCUCUACACCCACCCUUAUAUACUCUCGAAGCUCAUAGCAUUCUCGGCUUUGUCCCCAUUAGGAAGCCUCGCCCAUGCACAAGACCUGUUCGAGGAAAGUACCAAGGACAAUUCUUUCAUUUGUAACACUAUGAUUAGAGCUUACGUUAAUAGCAUUUUUCCCAUUAAAGGUAUUUAUAUUUACAAUCAUAUGAUACACAUGAAUGUUUGGUCUGAUCAUUUUAGUUACAAUUUUGUGCUCAAGGCGUGUGGUAGAGUUUUGAAGUGCGUGGAAUGUGAUGCAUUUGUUGUUGUUCGUAAGGGAGCUGAAGUUCAUGGCCGAGUUGUGAAGUUGGGGUUUGAUUGUGAUGUUUAUAUUCAGAAUUCGUUGGUGUUUAUGUAUGCUCAAUGUGGGUUGCCAUGUCUUGCUCGCCAAGUGUUUGAUGAAAUGACUGAGAGAAGUGUUUCGUCGUGGAAUAUCAUGAUAAUGGCCUAUGAUCAGGCUAAUGACUUUGAAUCGGCUGAUUACCUUCUUGAGUUGAUUCCUCAGAAGAAUGUGGUUUCGUGGAAUACCUUAAUAGCACGGCAUGUUAGGUUGCGUGAUAUUGAAGCAGCUAGAAGGGUGUUUCAAGAGAUGUUAGAAAGGGAUGCAGUCUCUUGGAAUACAAUGAUUGCUGGCUAUGUACAGGUUAAGGAUUAUGCUGGAGUGUUGGCACUUUUUGGUGAAAUGCAAAUUGCUAAGGUGGAUGCAACGGAAGUAACGUUUAUAUCUGUUUUGGGUGCUUGUGCUGAAACGGGUGCAUUGGAGAUAGGUAGGAAGAUUCAUGAGUCCUUGAAAGAGAAGAAAUACAAGGUUGAAGGGUAUUUGGGUAAUGCCCUUGUAGAUAUGUAUGCUAAAUGUGGGAAUUUGAGUUUGGCUUGGGAGGUAUUUAAUGAGCUUAAAAUGAAACCAGUCAGCUGUUGGAAUGCAAUGAUUAUGGGCUUAGCCGUCCAUGGUUACUGUGAGGAAGCUUUGGAAUUGUUUGCAGCCAUGGAAUUAAAACUUGAUGAGGUCAUGCCUAACCGGAUAACAUUCAUUGGUGUUCUGAUUGCUUGUAGCCAUAAGGGUUUGGUGGAAAAAGGACGAGAGUAUUUUAAUCGCAUGAUCAAGGAAUACAAGGUCAUGCCUGAUAUAAAGCAUUAUGGAUGCAUGGUUGAUCUUCUUAGCAGAUGGGGAUUGUUAUAUGAUGCAAUCCAGGUGAUCAAAACUAUGCCUUUGCCUCCAACUGCUGUGUUGUGGAGAACUUUGUUGGGUGCUUGUAGGGUUCAUGGGAAUGAAGAAUUGGCUGAGGAAUCAUUCCAACAGCUUGCCAAGUUAGAAGUUCUUAGUGAUGGAGAUUAUGUUUUGUUGUCAAACAUUUAUGCUGAAGCUGAGAGAUGGGAUGAUGUGGAGCGAGUAAGGAAUGAAAUGCUUCUUACUGGAGUUCCCAAGAAACUUGGCUCCAGCAAUAUAGAGAUGAGAUGAUUAUAGAACAGUAAGUUUAAUGCACAAUAUUUUUAACAAUUGUUGACAUGGCUGUUGUAAUUUGUGCAUAAUAAAAGUGGUGUCAGUUAAAAACCCAAAUGAAAUUGAUGUUGCUUCAAUCACCAUGGCCCAUGUUGGUGUUAGCCGUGCUAAAAAUUUGUCUUGCAAUUUAACAAUUGAUUUUGUGGCUUC